AUGGCUUCUUUCGAUCUCUAUCAUCCCAUCAAUGAAAAGGAAGACUUUUCAGAUGCGGAUUGCCUCGAAUUAGAAGUAUUUAUGGAAAGUAAAAAAUUAUAUAUUAGAUCCAAGCUAAACGAAAUCCCCGUCUUCGAAAUUGAGGGCGAUUACACAGAUCCGAUGAUAUCUAGCAUCAUUGAGUCAAUUCACUUUGGCAUUUUAAGCGACAAGAUUUGUGAAUUGUUCGAAGGCUGUUCAUCUUCCACCAUUACUCCUGCUGUUAAGUGCACAAUAUUUGAUGAGAGGAACCCCCAAGGCAAUAAUUCCGUUGUCUAUUUAAAGAAGAAGCCAUUCAAAGAAGAUGUUCUUCGUUCAGCAAUUUCGGUUGCAUCACCAUGUAUUCUAAUUACGGGAUCAAACUCUACUAAACUUUGUUAUUAA